AUGCGGUUUUACCCGCUUAUAUGCCUGUUUUUCAGUUUUGUAAGUUUAAAUGUUUAAUAUUGUUGUCAAAUGAUGGUUUUUAAACCUUUAAUGUUACCCAGAAAUGUCAUUAAAGUGCGUUGAUGCAUUGUUAAUAUAUAAAUCUUACUUAUAGUCGCUAGCCAUCAAAAUAGAAAACCAAAUAAUUGGGGAACCGAACAUUUACUGUGCCAAAGAUGAGAUCAGAGUUGUCAUGUACACUACCAAGGCUUUUACGUAAGCAAAAACUAAAAUAAACAAAUGAUAGUAAGAAGGAGCUUGCUUUUGAGAGUUUUAUUUUUUAUGGGUCAUAUUUAAAGUCAUACUUUACAGUAUGCUGUGAAUAACAUGAAAUAACUUUAAGUGGAACAGUAUACGUCAAGGGUCAUUACGACGAACUGGAAUGUCGCCACGAAUACCUAAGGAAUCCACAAACAGAAUUGGCCUUCACCGUGCCGUUCGGAUCUUGUGGAAUGGAGAGGAGAUACGAAGUCAAUACCUCAAUGACCUUCGACGCCAUUUUAGUAGUUAAGUUCCAUUCCCAAUUCCUGACAAAACAUGACAAAGCAUUUGACAUCCAAUGUCACUUCGAUAGAAGUCCUCAGAAUGUGACUUCCAAUGUUGUCGUAGCUGACUUGGAGAUCAAGCCUAUGAUGCACGACACAGCCCCAAAUAAGUGCGAAUAUACCUUGAGAUCAGAAACAGUGGACGGACCUCUGAUUCAGAAGACUAAUAUUGGCUCGAAGAUGGUCCACAGAUGGCAAUGUAACGAUCGUAAGUUGAAGUUGUUUACAAAAACUUACAGUAAUCUGUGUGUUUCGUAACAUAGUUUAGAACUUAUUUUAAAUUUGACUUUGAAACUUUUUUCAAGUUUUAGCUGAUCAAAAAAUCCUGGUAAAGAAUUGCAUGGCCAGAGGCGACUUUGAAGAAGCGCAAAUCAUCGACAACCGAGGGUAAGGUUGUUUUCUUCUCGAUGUUACAGGUCGCUACAAUAACAUAUAUUUUAUUCUUUGGUACUAUACCUACUAAUUGAAGGUGCCCGAUGUCUGACGAGUUUCCCUCUUUGACCUACAGUUCAGAGACGACUAUGGCGUUUGUAGCCGUUGACGUUUUCCGGUUCUCAGACCAAGAGAUGAUGAGGUUCGAAUGUCAGUUGGAGUUCUGCUCUGGUCAUUCUUGUGUUGGGGUUACUGUAGGUUUCGAGCUCUUUAUGAUAUUAUACGGUAAUGAUUUGCAUUGUUGAUAAAACCAUGAACCCGCAAAGUACCUUUAAACCUUUUUAGCCACCCAACUGCCCGAAUGUCUACCCUCCGGAAUUCAACCCCAGCUCUGUGAUUCUCGAGAGUUCCGACACUCGGCAUGAGACCCAGGUAUACGGUGUUUUCGACGAGCCAUUCCGAAAAACCACCCCCUCUAUGGUCCCAGUGCCACCCAGUAACAGCCACAAGCCCCUAUUUCCCUUGCCCGAGGGCAAACCAAGCCGACCGGUCGGGUGGGAAAGAAGAAAGGAUCAGCCUCUGUUCACUGAAGUCAAAUCAGCUCAUCAAACCACCAACGACGUCUACUUGGUAAGUUAAGUUAAGUAAGGAGGAUAAGAAUACAAUCGCCUCAUGUUGCAAGGACUUAUUCGCAUACAGUACUGUUUACAGCUGUUGAAGAAGGACAAGGUCCAGGCAGCUACUUCACCAAACUUGAGACCUAGAAGAGACGAAGGAAGGGUCAGGAACAUCAGGUCUGAGACUAUUCUAGUCGGGAAUUACAGUAGCUGUAAGUGAAUCAUACUUUUAAAUACUUUUAUUAAUACUGUUGAACAUCAACAUUGGUUCUUCAUUGAUCUUUAAUAAUUGUUUAACUUUUAGCUUUUGUGGACACUGGAAUCAGGAAAGCAGAAAUCUGUUGGGAAAGAACUGAAGCCGUUGCUCUUAUCUAUGUAGCAGUUUUACUGGCCGUUUACAGCGCUGUCCUCACCGUGUACAUAACAUACGAUAUGAUACGAACUAAAAGUAGAUCAGGAAAAGCUUUCAUAUCAUCAUAA